AGACUUGCAGCGCAAGAUCUCAGUACGUGCGAUCAAGUGAAGUAGAAAUAUUUCAAAAAUGCCACCUCAAACAAAGGAUGAAAAUGUGGUCGAGAGGGAGGUGCCAAUUCCGGCCUGGGUGAAAACAGAGGCCUUUGAGGACCUGCUCAAGGAUAAUGUCAAGGAUUAUGAGAGGACGACGGCCCUGAGGGCCAAAGCUGGAGUUGCUGCUGGCGAAAACUAUGCCACCAUAAUGCUGAGACUGGAACUGGAUGUGGAGACAAAGGACAAAUCGCAAGUAACCAAAGCAUUCAUGCUGAAAACUCCCCACGACACGGACGCAUAUCGCAAGCUUCUCGCAGAAACAAACAUCUUCGAUGUGGAGCGCGGAAUGUAUGUGGAAGUGGUUCCCGAGAUGGAGCAAAUGUACCGAGAUGCGGGCUUGGAGGUCCAGUUUGGGGCUGAGGCCUACGAAAUAAAGGUUAGCGAGAACUAUGUUCUGUUGGAGGAUCUCAGGCCGCGAGGAUUCAGAAAUGUGGAUCGCCUGCAGGGAUUGGAUCAGGCCCACACCGAAAGUGUCCUGAGGAAGUUCGCCCAAUGGCAUGCUGCAUCCGCAGUUCGCGUGGACCUCAAAGGACCUUACGACGCCAAGUAUACGAGUGGGUUCUUCAAAUCGGAAGAAAUCAGGAAUUUUUUCUGCGAUCGCGGCGUUAACGUUUUGCUGGAACAUAUUGAUCAGUACGAAGGACAUGCGAAUUACAUAAAGGAUUUGCACAGUGUCUCGAAAAAGUUAUUUGAUGUAUACAACGACAUAAAGGAAGUCAAGUCCGACGACUUCAAUGCCCUCAACCAUGGCGAUGGUUGGUCCAACAACAUAAUGUUCCAGUACAACGACAAAAACGAGUUAUCAAAUACCUAUUUUGUUGACCUUCAACUGCCAAAAUGGGGAUCAGUUGCGCAGGAUCUGUAUUACUUCUUGCUCUCCUCGACUAAGCUGGACAUUAAAACGCAGAAAUUCGACUAUUUCAUUUGGUUCUACCACGCAGAGUUGGUGAAGCACCUAAAACUUUUGAAGUACUCAAAGAAACUGCCAACCUUAAGGAGCAUUCGCCAUGAUCUUAACAAGUACAGUGGAUGGGCCUUCAUCUGCUCUGUAUCCGUGAUGGGAGUCGUCCUGCUGGACCCUACAGAUGAUGCUGACUUCGAUAAAAUUAUUUCAAAUGAGCAUUCCAGCUUUAUAAAGUCCAUCUACACCAAUCCCAGAUACCGCGGACACAUGGAAGUUGUCCUGCCCUGGCUGCACCAUCGAGGUGCCCUGGAGUAAAGUAUCAAAUGCGCUCUUAGAAACAAUCAAUGUGCUCUGAUCAUUUAAACUUGCAAAUAAAUUAUGACAAGUUUUUUAACCCAACACAAGGGACUUGUAGA